UUUUCUUCUUCCAAGGGGGUGGAGGAGGAGGUCAAAUGGGAGGAAAAUGAGGCAUUUCGACAUGUCUUUUGUGUAUUUGUCUCGACGGAUGGGCUUUUUUUUUCUUUUUAUGUGCGCACAAAGUCGAGGAAAAUGAUUUUGUUAUCAAUUUUAGCGAGGAAUUUUCAUUUCACAAUAAUUGUAUUUAUUCUGGCGUUGGUGAUAAAAAGGACACGCUGUCGCCUCAGCAACUGACAAUAUGUAUCAAAUACCAGUGUUUUAUGAUCACAAUGAGGUAAUUUUCUUACGUUCUGGUGGCGUCAAUUAAUUUUUUUUAUUGCCAAGAUGUUUGAGCACAUGUUGAGUUCGUUAAAAUUCAAAUCAUUCGAUCCAAAUGGCAUGAGGGAAAAAUGGCGGAGAUUUUUGGCGCCUUCUUGCAUGCCAGUGACUUUGAGGUUAUCUGCGCGGAAAUUCCAUGACAGCUGUUUCUAUGUGUUUUUAUUGUGAAAUUCCUCAAGAAAAUCUCAGUUUUUCCAGUGAAAAUCAAAUUGGCGAGUGAUUGUUUUUUCCAAAAAAAAAAAAAAAGUGAAAAUGGCUUGUUCUCCGGAACAAAUAGCUGCAAAAAGACAAAUGGCCCUGGAGAGAUUGAAGCAAAAUCAAGCAAAAACUACAACUCCCGGAAUAAUCCCAUCUCCUGCCAAAUCUCUUGGAGUAUCCAUCAAUUCGGAGCAAUUUUACGGGUCUGGGCAGAGCUCUACUAUUCCCAGGAAUCAAGAAUACCUCCCUGGGAAGACAGACAAUAAAAUUAAGGCACAACCACUUAAGGACAAUCGAAUCUUCUCUCAACCCUACGCAAACAGGACAAAAGAGAAGGUUCCGGAAGCAACUAAACCAGUAUUCCUAUCCCCAAUUUGUCUCCUUAAGUGCUCGAUGUUGUCUGAGGAGAGAUUCUGCGUGACUCUGAGUAAUUUCAGCAACCAAGUGACGGAUGCUUUCAAGACAAUCCCAUCCAGAAAUUAUGAUCCAAACAAGAGGCUCUGGAGCUUCCACAUGAAGGAUUACAAAGAUUUUGUGAAGAUGGUCAAAGGUUUGGGCGAUAAAGUGUCCAUAGAGGAACUUCCGAGAUUCAUUAUCAAGCUCUUUGGUGAGAUCAAACAAGAUUCCUUGGAUAUGUCCUUCCUAAACAGCAUUGAACCCACAUUGGCCAACAUUCUCCUGGAAUUCCAAAAGGAAGGGGUCAAAUACGCAAUUGAGAAGCAAGGUCGUUGUAUCAUUGCUGAUGAAAUGGGUCUGGGAAAGACUUACCAAGCCCUGGCUGUGGCUGAUUUCUACCGGGAUGACUGGCCAGUGCUAAUUUGCACGACUGCAACCACAAGAGACACUUGGGCAGCCAAAAUCCGAGAACUUCUUCCACGCGUUCCCGUUCACAAGAUUGUCGUACUCAAUUCUGGGCAGAGUAUCGUGUCAGAGGCCUCCUUCAUCAUUGCCAGCUAUGCCAUGAUGGAGAAGUGCGUCCAGAAGCUGGCACAGAAGAAUUGUGGCGUCCUCAUCAUGGAUGAGUCACACUACCUGAAGAAUCACAAGUCCAAGUGCACAAAUGCAGCUCUGGUGCUCGUGAAGACAGCCAGGAGGGUGAUAAUGCUCACAGGAACACCAGCCCUAUCCCGUCCAAGUGAACUCUUCACGCAGCUUCAGAUGUGCGACAAAACCUUCUUCACUUACAGGGAAUACACGAAGCGGUACUGCGAUGGGAAGGAAUCUCAGUUUGGUUGGAAUGCAAAUGGUCAGUCGAAUUUGGUGGAGUUGAAUCUCCUCCUGACCCGCAAAUUCAUGAUUCGUCGAACGAAAGAUGAAGUGAUGUCUGAAAUGACAGAUAAAUCACGGGAAGUUGUUGUCCUGGACAAGGCGUUGGUGGCCAGUAAAGAUUCCUUUUCGGAUCUGGCGUCGAAUUACAGUCAAACGACGGGGAGGAAACGUGAGGAGAUUUUGUUGACUUUCUACGCAGAGACGGCCAUUGCCAAAGUGAAGGCCGUAUGCUCGUACGUGAGGAAGGUACUGAAGGAGCAUAAGAAGUUUGUGGUUUUUGCCUAUCACAAGGUCAUGAUGGAUGGUCUGUCGGAGUGUCUGCAGGAGCUCAAUGUGGACUUUAUAAGGAUCGAUGGGACCACGAGGACGGAUGUGAGGAAUUCAAUGGUUGAGAUGUUCCAAACAAAGCCAAAUUAUCGCAUUGCCGUGCUGAGUCUGAAGGCCUGCAAUGCAGGAAUUACUCUUACAGCAGCUCAACUUGUCAUCUUUGCCGAACUCUACUGGAAUCCGAGUACGCUGGCUCAGGGCGAGAGUCGUAGCCAUCGGAUUGGUCAGGAUGAGAAUGUGGUAGUGAGGUAUUUGCUGGCCAAAGGCACGGCUGAUGAUAUCAUCUGGAAUAUCAUUCAGAAGAAGCAGACAAUCCUCAAUGAUGCAGGGUUGGGAAAUGAGGAUUUCUCCGACGUAGCCUCCUGCACGGAAAUCACUUCAACACCAAAGAUCUCAAACUACUUCCCCAAGACACCUCAGAAGCCCUCCACGUCCACCAAUACCAUCAACACUCCAGCCAAUUCGUCAAAUGUGCCUCAGGAAAGCUGUGAUGACUACAAGAAGCUCCUCGAAGACGACGAUGAUGAUCUUUUUGCAGAUUUGAAUUUCUGAACUUUGAACUUUGAAAAUGAAACAAAUUUUCUUCAACAUUUCUUUCGGGCUGUAUUUAAAAUCCCCAAUUAUCUUUUUUCUCAUUGUGUUUUUAAGCCAUUCGCAUUUUUUUUUCUCUCCAACAAUAUUAAAAAGGAAUACAAUAAGUUUUUUUUGUUUUCUUUUCCUUAUCAUGCUUUCACUUGUUCAUUUUUUUCCCAUCAAACAUUCUUCUCUAAGGCAAAGAAAUAAUAAUAAACAGUAAAAUAUAAUAA